AUGGCUCGCAGCCUCGCAGCCCUCCCAACGGAGAUAAUUGCAAUUAUCGCCGGCUACCUACCAAACAGCGGCAUCAAGACCCUGCGUCUUACAUGCAGAACCCUCUGCAACACCGUCCGCCUCCGACUAGACCGCGCCUUCCUCUCCGCAAACCCGCUCAACAUCGCCGUCUUUCGCGCCAUCGCCGAUAGCGAAACAUUCCGCCACGGAAUUAAGGAGAUAAUCUGGGACGAUGCCCGGUUUCUCAAAGUCCCAUACGGAGAGUUCCACAUUGCCGAUUCCCGCGAGGAUCUCCGGAUAGAUAAGGAGAGCGGAUGUCUUCAAUGGUUCGUCGACGCAUGUAAAGAGAAUAGGGAGGAUCUACAGAUGCGCAAGUUCGCACAUCUAGACAGGGGCAAAAUGCCCAAACAGAUCGUCGUUGCAGAGGAGCAAGCAGCCACUGAGCUGCCUCUGUGGAUUUGCUGGCAGUAUUACCAGAAUCUACUGCAACAGCAGGAGGAGGUUAUCAUCUUUAACAAGGACGCUCAGGCGCUGGAAUAUGGACUUCGCCGGUUUCCGGCGCUUAAGAGGGUUACUGUUACGCCUGCGGCGCAUGGAUGGAUUUUCACUCCGUUGUACGAGACGCCUAUGAUUCGCGCGUUCCCCAGGGGGUUUAAUUACCCCAUCCCACGCGGUUGGCCCAGCGUCUCCAGUAGCGGGACGUACAGGCCCAGAGCGCAGCCGUGGGAGGACGAAGCUACCAAAAAGGACUAUCGCGGGUUUGGCAUCAUAACGCGGGCCCUGGCUUCGUACACAGAGCAUCGAGUCUCAGAACUGAUAAUAGACGCCCACGCCCUUGACACAGGCCUAAACUGCCGUGUUUUCGAAGAGCCAAAUCCCGAAUACGACGAUUUAGUGACGAUCCUCCGCCGACCUGGCUUCACCCGCCUUGACCUAUCCCUUUCAGUCCGUGGCCAGGAGUGGACAGGUUGGCCCUGUUUCCGCAACAGCUACCUCCGCCGCGCCCUUGCCGAAGCCCACGACCUCAAACACAUCGCCCUAUCCACAGACGUCGAGGAGGACCCAGCAUCCGACACCACUGUCCCAGAAGCCGGCGGCGGUCGCGCACAACUCGUGUCCCUACGCACAAUCCUCCCCACGGAAAAAUGGCACUCGCUCCGCCACUUCAGCCUUUCAAACUUCGUCGUCGACAAAAACGACAUUAUCGCCAUCCUUUCCUCCCUCCCGCCCACCCUCCGCUUCGUCCACAUCGGCUUCCUCUACUUCGUCGACCAUGGUGGCUCAUACCGCGAACUCCUCGAGGAUAUGCGCGAUCAACUCGACUGGCGCAGCCGCGACCCUACCAUCCGUCCAGUCGUUUCUGUGGCGAAGCCUACCAUGUAUAUCCAGAUCGGGCAUGCGAUCUGGCUUGAUGGCGAGGUUAGUCAGUUUCUUUACGGGGAUGGGCCGAAUCCGUUUUAUAAUGGGGGUGAUGCGGUGGGUGAGGUUGGGGUUGUGAGGGAUGCGUUUAUGGAUGGGAUCGAGUGGAGGAAUCGGGGAUAUUAA